CAGAGUUACUGGAGUGGGAAGAAGAACGAUUAAAUGUCACAGCGCUGUGCUGGUGUAGUCCUGACAUCUCACUUAUAUCUGACGGGUAAACCGUCUGGUGUCAGCUUCCAUUUACAAAAAUCAUCUACGCAUGAGGCCGUUUACGGGUGUCACGUUCUGUUGCAUGGCAGCAGUGACCACCGAGGUUUCUCUGCUGCCGCAGUGAAGAAUGCACAAAACAACAAACAAUGAGACUUGAGUCACUUACCGGAGCGGGAAUAUAGCUGCACACAAAACAAAAAAACACAUGCCUGAGGCGCCACAGAGGGAGGAAUGUGUUUGUCACAUAUUCCUAUUCAGGUUCGACCAAACCGAGGAAAAUGAUAAAAUGUGCUUUGACUUUGGUGUGAGGGCGGAAAAUUGUUUUUGACAGGGAGAGUCUCCCAGGUGCUGUCAUUUCACACACAUGUAACUGAAAAGCCUGUCUCAUUUUUGAAGAAAAAAAAAGUUUUAAAGUAUGGAUUUCUUAAGAUUUCUGUUACAUCUGUCGGACAACUACUUUUAGCUGGAGUAUUCUGCCUUGUCUCAGAGGUCCCUCACAGCUGGUGUGCCCUCUUGUGGCUGAGCAGCGGAGCCUUACAGGAGGAGACGUUAGGUUAUCCGCUGUCAGUGAUCAGUUUCUUGAUAAAAGCUCUGUUUCCAGUGGAUAGGAUUUCUAUAGGGAAAAUUCCUUUUGUAUGCAGCCACUGCUCUUAAGACUAAGUCCCUGAGUGAUGAGACCACCUCCCAUAUCUGUGCUUUUAAAGAGGGGAAAAAUACAGUCACUCACCUUAUCAGAGUUCUGGUGUUUCAUUUAAAAGCACUUGUUUUUCCCACCACAGAGAUGCAAAGGGGGAGAAAUGAAAGGCUUUUAGUAUCAGUCCCAUUGUCUGCUGGAGCCUGUGCUUUGCUUGCAUUCCUGUGUGUGUGUGUGUGUGUGUGUGUUCUCCUCAGCUAGGAAGUGAUGAUGGCAUGUUGGCGUAACAGGAUGCCCUAUCACUCAAGCCUAUUUUACCUCACUUCCUUCAAGACAGCUGAACAGUACGUUGGUGAAAUUGUGAGGAUGGACGAGGAGGGGGAGGGGGAAAAUGCGGAGGUCGGGGGUUGAAUUCGGAAGGAUGGACAGACAGACGGCCCACCAGCUGUGCCCCGGCAGUCUUAAAAGUCUGUACUGAAAUGGGAAUGUGGGCCAAAAAAAACAUCAGCCAGCAGCAGCAGGGCUCCUUCCAGUCACAUCACAGCGUCGGAUCUCUUUGAGCCUCUUACAAUUGUUCCGUUGAAGAUGGUCUUAGAUAGGCCUGAAAAGCAGCACGCAGGCACAAGCGGCAUGCAGUAUGUGUAUGUGAGCCCGGACUCAAGAAGUUGCCUGUAUACAAAAUGAUGAACGAAGGUGUUUAAUUAGUAGGUUAAUACGGCUGUUUGUCUGUAUUUAUGCUAGAUUCCGAUCGCAUUUAGAAUUUAAUGUUUCUAAUGCUCACAUGCGCGGGUAGCUGAGGUACACUUAAAGUUUCCUUUUGCCCAUUUUCUAGUAACCACGUGGAAACUUUAAUUAUAUGUAUGUAGCAGAAAAAAAUGUCAGCACACAGAAAGGGUCCUUUUGAUUAUUGCAACACAUAAAGGCACAAAAUAUUUAAAUUGUGCUUUUUGUUUUUUUGAAGAGCACAACUCCCCAAAAAAGAAGUCAAAACGAGAGCAGAGUGUGUCAGAAGUUAAUGUGUCAACCAGGCAACCCAUUAACCUGUAAAAGUGUCCGUGAGUCUGAGUGUGGUGGGGGUCAGAUCCCUCUGGAGACAGAAUGGGAGGGAGGGGAAGUCAAGGGAGUGGCUUCUUGGUAUUAUAUGUGUAUGUGUGUGGUGUUUGUGGUGGUGUAAAUGUUUGUGCGUGGGUGUGUAUGAUGUGGCUGCGGGAGCAGAGCGUCAGAAUAGCGGACGUCCUGACUCCAAGAGGGUUGCUGCUGAUAGAGAGGGAGAGAGAGAGGCAGUCAGUCGCGUGAAGAGAAGGCAUGUAAAUAUCUUUCCUCGUCAGUCUGUGCUCAUUUCUUUCUGAGCGGAGAAUGGGAUGUGCCUGCCUCUGUGUUUACAUUUCAGGAGACUGAGAAGGAGAGCCGCAGUGAGCGUAUCCGAUCUCAGAUCUGGGAGUUAAGCAGCCAGCAGACACAACAAAACAGAGAGCAACAGAGAAUAGGUUCCAACUCAGGGAUGGUGUUGGUUCUGGAUCACCUGGUAAAGGAUGAUGGACCUCUGUUGAUCCAGCCUCAGCGAGAAGCUGUGACCAAGGAGGCCGACCUGGUUAUGUCUCACUGUCAGAGGUCAGACUCCUCCGAUCUUAGCGCAGCCUCGAUGCUUUCCAAGCCCAAUCUGGAUUCUGUGGCCUCAGAGAAAGGUCUGGGCUCAGCUUACAGAGCCCGGCUGGACUCUGGAGCCUCAGACAAGAGCCAGAGUUCCUCCCAGCGUGGUCGGCUGAACUCCGGGGCAUCAGACAGAAGCAUCAACUCCCAGUCCUGUGCCAGACAGAGAGUGGGCUCAGAUGUCUCGGAUUCAUGCGUCAGACCCCGUCUGGGCUCCGAGACUUCAGACAGCAUCGGCCUGUUGUCAAGGAAGCGGACGGUCUCUGGCACAUCUGAUCAGAGUGCGAGCAUGUCCUCAGAGGAGCGGGCGCCAUCGGAGGAGGCGGAGGUAGCCGGGAGUGAAUCGACUUGCAGCACAGAUUCAGAAACUGACAGCAGAAGCCGAGGUUCAGCCGGCACCCAAGCUGAGUCUAACCAGGAGGAGCCUGAUGGGGCGGUUUUAUCUCGGAGAGAUCCCGUAAAUGGCCUGCUCAGCGGGAAAACUGACAUCCAGAGGCAAAAGAUAACUGUGGGCAGUGACCUGUCCCGCUCUUAUGGCAAAACGAGGGAUUCUGCACCCGAGAAGAAAGCUGUUAUAUCGGAGCAGUUAAGUCGCACCACCUCUGUUCGUGAUCGAAUGCGCAAGUUUGCAGAACUUGAACAGAGUUCAAAUGUCUCAUCUUUAAAGAAAACUCCUUUGAGGAAUGGUUCCUUCUCCAGCAGCACUGGCCAUGCAAAUGUCUCCAGAGCUACCGAGCUGUUUACACACUCAGCAGCAUCCCUCAGCACAUCUGGAGACAGGCCAGCACGGUCACGUGUGGGCUCUGCAUCUGCAUCCGUGAGUCAGGCCGUGCCUCAGCCAAGAGGCGUGGCUAACAAGUCUCUGUCUUCAGCUGACCAAUCGCAGAGCUCCAUGGGUGGGAUGGGACAUCCAGCUCAAAAAGAUGCGCACGCCUCCGAUAAGUCAAAGGAAGACGGGACCCCAGGGAUAGCAGCUGGAGAAAAGGUCACCCAGGGAGAGGCAGACCCAGACAUGAAGACCUUCCUCACCAUUGAGAUCAAGGAUGGACGCACCACCACUUCCUCCUCAUCAACCACCAGUAGAGGCAACAUUAUACCCAUCACCCACAUGACCCCACGCAUCACUCCCAAUGCCCUGGUGGGGCAAAGGCAAGAGUUAACCCUCGGGCUAAGAGCCACACCAUUUAAGAUCUCUUCCUCCAGCUUCUCCUCUGGACCCUCCAUCAAGAUGGAGACGGGGCCCGUCGUCGCUUCUGAGCCAGUGUUUUCAGCUGUCUCGUCUGUCCAGCGUCACGUCCCACUCAUUCCCAAUGGCUCUGGCGCUCAGACCAAACCUGCUGAAUUCUCCGGGAAACUAACGGCUGAAAAGCUGGCUGCGAUCGAGGAUGAAGAGCUCCUCGACAAAAUGCUCGAUGAGUCAAAAGACUUUGAGGAGAGGAAGAUGAUCCGCGCAGCCAUGAGAGACCUCCGUAAAAGAAAGAGAGAGGCCAUGCUGGGAUGUACUCAAGAAGAAAUGGACCAGAGAGAAAAGGAACGCGAAACCCGCCUGCAGGAGCUCCGGCAGCAGAGAGAAGACCGGGUGCAGAAAGGUCGUGCCGGGGUCGGAGCGGGAGAGGUGGUCACGAGCAAGGUGGAGAAGUCGGCAGAUGGGUCAGCCGUCGGCCAAAUCACCAAAACGAACCGCUUUGCUCAGUCUGAUGAUGGGAGCAAAUCAACACGCAGUACUAUUGUCGAGUCCAGUUAUGUGCAGAAAACAGACAGAGGGACAGUCCAGUCAAAAUCAUUCAGCUUCACCUCUUCCACCUCCACUAACACGAGCAAAAAAAUAGGAAGUGUGUUCGACCGCGAGGACGACGCGUCGUCGCGAAGCGGCAGCGGCGGGUUGGCCGCCAUCGAGCGAAGGCAGGCGGAGAGGCGCAAGGAGCUGAUGAGGGCUCAGACGCUGCCGAAGACAUCGGCCAUGCAGGCCCGCAAAGCCAUGAUAGAGAAGCUGGAGAAGGAGGGAGGCGGCCCUGGAAAUCAGGCGGUGGCCAAGGUAAACAAAGUCCAGCGCUCCACCAGCUUUGGCGUACCCAAUGCAAACUCCAUCAAGCAGAUGCUCCUCGACUGGUGUCGUGCCAAGACCCGCUCAUAUGAGCAUGUGGAUAUUCAGAAUUUUUCAUCCAGCUGGAGUAACGGCAUGGCGUUCUGUGCCCUGGUGCACAAUUUCUUCCCCGAAGCCUUUGACUACAACUCCCUGAGCCCGAGCAACCGCAGGCAAAACUUUGAGGUGGCCUUUAGCGCUGCAGAGACCCACGCCAACUGCAUGCCUUUGCUGGAGGUGGAAGACAUGAUGAUCAUGGGUAACAAACCAGACUCCAAAUGCGUCUUCACCUACGUGCAGUCUCUGGUCAACCACCUGCGCAGACAUGAGAUGUCCAUGGGUCGGCCCUGUGACCUCUGACCUGUUUCGGGCUCCCCCCCCCCCUAACCUUCACCUGAUGAUGGCCUCCACUCUGACAGCAGGCUGGGUCAAACAGUUGCACAUCUCUGAUGGUCGGCUUGGGGAUUGCAAGCAUGUGUGUAUGUAUCAGUUAAAAUCAGCUUAAAAUGUUUUCCGGCAGUGAUAAUGUGUGUUGCUUAUUCUGGACACACACACACUGUCGACACAAAAGUCCAGUAAGAGAUCAGCAGCAGCAUGAUUCUUAAAAAGACCCCUUUGUUUUAAAAAAAAAAACAAAAAACUCCAAGUAAUAUUCAACAGGCAGUAGUUUGAUCACAUUGCUGUUGUACUGAGAAACGGCUCAAGAGAGAAAAAAGAAAAAUAGUUUUCUAGUAUUUGCAGGUUUUUGCAGUAUUUGUACGUGCGUUUUUCUCUGCUACACUUUUGUAAGUACUGUAAUGUGUUUGCACUUCUCUCAGUAAUCUCACUGAAAAAGAAAAAACUUAUUAUUUCUAUUCAAUUUUGGUACUUUUACUUUUUUUUUUUUAACCAAACUCAUGUUGCUUGAAGUGUUUUAAUUAAGUUAUUUUCAUUUUGAUGUAAUUGAUGAGUAUAAGGAUUCUUAUUACGUGAGCACAGGGAUUUUCUGCCUUUGUUAUUCAAAUGGAUUCAACAUCGUUGCUGUAAUCUCACUUUUCUGAAGUCCAAACAGCUACUGAGGACAUUUACUGGACAUUUGAUCCAUCCUGUAUGACCACACCACCACCAUCGUCAUCAUCACCAUCAUAUAAGUAUGGAUGAAAGAUGCUAGCUGUUAAACUGAGGUUUGGAUUUUUUUGUAUUUCGGUACAAAGAAGUCAUUCAGCUGAUUUGUGUCAUUACUGGCUGUUUGGUGGACAGCACACACACACCUCCCACCACCGCUGCAUUGCCCUGCCACACACAUUCUCACACAGCUGUUAGAGGGCUCCUUAUUUAUGCUUGAGUAGUUUUUAAUACGGUUAACGCUGGUGUGUACAUCGUGCUUUUAAAAGGUUUUGUCGAUAAGCUUAAGAUGCCACAAUGUUAUUUUUUCCUGUGUGAAAGCCGGCUUUCAGUACAAACAUGAGGAUUCAUGACUGAUAACCAGCCAACUGUAUAUUUAACUAAAUGUAGCUAAGAGGAAACGGGACAAAAAUAAUUUUAAAUGAAUAUUUUAUUUCACUUGUAUAAAAUUUGGGUUUCUACGAGAAGAAAAUUUGGUUUCAGAGUUGAUUUAAAAGAAGCUUAUUUCUUAGAUUUGAGAGAUUAUUUGAGAACUAUCUGCUGCCGACAGAAAAAAAGCUUUCAUGAAGCAGUGGAGUAUUGUAUGUGUAUGUGUGUGUGUAUAUAUAUGAGAGCUAAAACACAUUAUUUCAUUUUUCUGUGCACCACAGUUAAAUGUGAAAUAAACCAAUUUGAGAAA